AUGGGAGCUUCAUCUAAUAAGGAGUUCUCAGACGCUUCGAGGUUCUUAGCUCAAUCACAGUCGCGAUUCUCGAACUUCGUACAACCUGAUAACGCCGACCCUCUGCCACGAAAUCCCAACGAUAGAUACCGACAAGCCAGCCAGCCCUUACGAAACCAGUCCCGUGGAUACUCCUCGCGGCUUGGGAACCCAUAUCAGUCGACCUCCAACUUCAACUUCACUCGCUACUCUGCUGCAGCCCCAGACGCGCCUUUGUUUCACAGUGCUUUGGAUGACUUCCGAGAAGAGGACGAUGAGGAGGAACGGGAGAGGGAGACCGCGGAUUUCUUUGCUUUGCAGAAGUCAAGGAGGACGUUCGCCCCCAUAGCGCGCUUGGACGAGAGCCACGAGACUGACCCGGAGGCGAGUAAUGAGUCAGUGGAGACAGCCAAAGAUGGUGACGGCAGAGCUACUGAAGACAGGGGAAGAGGGCGGGGGAUAAAGAGUAGCUGGACUGGAGGCGGCAGGAGUAUGAGAGAAAGAGGACGGACACCAGGGACGAUAGGGGAAGAGGGUAGUGACAGGGAUGGAGAGAGCUUACAGAGGAGUAGUGAGGCGAGCAGCAGAGGCCGGGGGAGGAUGGAGGAUGUUGGACUCGAGUCGACGAUAGAGGACGAUGACCCGCCAGAUGACCUGGCUGUGGAAAUGGAGGACAGCCCGCCUGCGUUCCAGAAUUUCAGAUCACCACCCAAGUCUGGACCUAUUAGACUACCCACAGACUCUAAACAGAGCCGGCAGGAAAGAGACGCGGAAGCACGUCGUAUAGCUGGAGCCGGGAUAUCGCGACCUGCAAGUUCGAUUGAGACUGUCCCUGCUACCAUAGCUACGACAAUGGCUGAAGCACCGAAACACGACGUUUUCUGGGGAUCUCUGUAUUUAAUAUGCCUCGGAGCUUUGUUUGCCACCUUCUUCCUUGUGUUCCUCCAUACGGAAACCCCCAGCAAGACUAUCGGCGAUACGAUAUACACGACAUUACACGCUUCGUUCCACCUCUUUGCCGUCGAUACUUUGGUCUCGAUCAUUGUAUCUCUCGUUUGGAUUGCCCUGCUGCGGUCAUUCGUGAGAUCUUUGGUACACUUGAUCUUACUAUCAGUUCCGGUCAUUCUAUUUUCAUUCUCGCUAUACCCAUUUGUAUCCAGCUACAAGGGAGCUGCGCAUGGACACAGUCUUCAGGAUAAGGCAAUGAGGUGGCUAUCUUUCAUCCCUGGAAUUUUUGCGGUGGUAUGGGUGUAUACAAUUUACAAAGGUCGCCAUUCCUUGAACAAGGCAAUCGGGAUAUUAGAGUUCGCCUCGAGGAUCCUAGCUGCCAACCCUGCUCUUCUCGGGAUGGGAUUUGCUACCUUGGGAGCUGUGGUAGUAUGGACUUGGGUGUGGCUAGGAAUGUUUACAAGAGUAUUCCUUGGUGGUCAGCUAUCGACAUCGGUGACCAGAUUUAUUAUCGACGCGACAAGUUGGUGGUUGGCUGUCUAUUUUGUGCUCAUGUACAUUUGGACAUUAUCUGUGAUCAGCGGAAUUCAAAGAGCGACCACAGGUGCCACCGUUUCCCAAUGGUAUUUUCACCGAAAUGCUAUUCCAGCACCAGCACCGAGAGAGGUGGUUGUGGCUGCGUUCAGUCACGCAACUUCUACAAUCUUCGGUACUAUCUGCUUGUCGACAUUAAUCGCCCUUCUCAUUCGGCUCCCUCUUCUGUUACUUCCACGCCGCCUUAUGAGCGUCGUAACCAUCUUCGCCUACUCUCUGAUUCCGACACCAAUUGCGGCACUCACCAAUCCUUUGACCCUUACCUACGCUGCGAUACACUCGCAAGCGCUCCACCCUUCAGCUCGAGGACUAAGUCAAAUGACAUUCCUCAGUCCUCAAGCUCCUACGACAACACUCACACCGCGUUCUUUCAAUGCCCGAAACCAUCAAACAACACCUCUCCUCCCGUACAGACUAGCGAAGCUCCUCCUUCACGCAACCAGAUUCAUCAUGGCCAUGGCUCUCGGCUUCGGCGGCUGGGUCGCAACAGCUCGCCAAUUGAACAUAGCAAUGCCAGAAGGUGCGGGUAUCAGAGGCAGCGCGUACGCCUACGUCGUCGGUCUUGUGGCAAGUUUCAUCGGAUGGGGUGUCCUUGGUGCGAUGGAGGGCGUGUUGAGUGGAAUCGUGGACGCAAGUGUGGUCUGCUGGGGAAGCGAGAGAGGCAUGGCUGGCGGCGGAGCGUAUUGUCUGGAGGCAGGAUAUCUUUUUGGAGAAGGGAGAGAAAGAGAUUUGCCGUAG